ACGAAGAAGGUAGUUGUACUGACGCUAUGUUUAAAACUUAAAAUUUAAAUAUUUUUACAUAAUUAAAAUGCUUUUAAGACAAUUUUAAGAGCAUGUACAUUAUUAAAACCUAGACUAUUUCUCUUUUAGAAAGGAAAUAUAUUUCUAAAUUGGCUAUCUAUGUGUUUUUAUAAAAAAUAUUUUGAACGCCACGUGGCCUGACUGACCCCGAGCGAAUCAGUUUUCGUGUUAAAUGGGUAGAUUAUAUAUUUUUUUUCAGAAUCUUAAAAUACAAAAGGAAGAUAAAUGUAGAUUAAUUUGUUUAAUCUUUAUUAAAUUUAUUUACUAAAAUUGUGAUUGUUAAGUUUACGGUUGACUGUCUGAAAUAUUAAUGUUUAAUGACGUCACAGUGACUGUUGAUUUCUGACGUCAGAGCACGUACACUUUAUAUUUAUUUUUCUUUCUUUCUUUCUUUCAUAUCGAUUUCGUACUGAGUCAAAAUGCCGAAACGAAAAGCAAAUUCAUUGCCAGCACAAGUAAAGGCUGUUCGGAGUGCACGGCUGCACACCCAGAGGCCACUUGGCAGACCGGAUAUAGUCGCUACACAAUCACAGUCAGUUCUACCGGAGGUGGAAAACAAUAGUCAGGCAUCGGUAUUGGAAGACCAACAGCAGCAUGAUAAUGGUUACACCUAUGACAACAUAUUUCAUGUAUGGGUGUGUGGUUCGUCGCUGGUCACUGGGGCAUCGAAUCGGGCCUCGGAACGCCCUGACGGACAUAACAUUGGGAUGGAGAAUUUAGGGGUGAAGGUUACAUGGUUAGGUAUGAGCGGGAUGAGGGUACACCAUUUAAAGGAAACGAUAAGUUACCAUCUUCAGUUUAAUCCGAAGCCUGAUAUGCUGAUCAUUCAUUGUGGGGGAAAUGACAUAAGGUGCCAAGAUAGACCUGGUCUAGAACUCAGUUGGAAACUUAAAAAAUUAUGACGGUAAUGACGACUACGACCUUAACGGUGACAUUGAAAGUAUCCAACAAAAGUUGCCAAACUGUAGAAUGAUAUAUUCUCAAAUUUUAC